GGCGGCUUCCUUAAUACCCAAACAGCAUGACAAACUGGAUUUCGGUUCUACCCAAUAAAUUUGUCAUGCACCACUUCCACUUAAAAACUGGUUUACAACUUUCAUCCAUUUUAUGCAUUUUUAUUACGAGUCAUUUCAUGUUUGUCGAUUUCAAUCCUGAG